GUUGGUCGCAGACAGAUAGCACCAGCCUUAAAACUGCGAGUGGGAAGUCUUUAAAACGUCUUGGGAAAAGUGCUUUAAAACAAAACGAUCCGAGCUCUGCCAUAAUUUUCCUGGAAGCUUAUGUAACGAAGAAUAAAAAGGAUGCUGAAGCCCAGGCUUUAUUGGGAAAAGCUUAUAUGGAAAUUCGGGAUUAUGACCGUGCACAGCAUAUGUUUUUGCAGGCAUACAACACUGAUAAACUAAAGGCUCCUGAAGCCCUGUAUUACCAUGCUUUGAUGAUGAAGUCGAACGCUCAGUAUGAUAGUGCAAGAAUGAAUUUUCAGAGGUUUAAAAAAGAAUACAAGGGCGAUAAUAAAAAACUUAAAAAAUUUGCUACACGUGAAAUUGCUUUUUGCGAUUCGGUAGUGCGUAUUAUCGGUUCAGAAUUUAAAAUUAUCAUUCAACACCUCGAUACCUCUAUUAAUAAAGUAAAUACUGAAGGCGCACCGAUUAAUUUCGACGAUGACAAACUGGUAUUUACAUCUCUGCGGACCGAAAAAGAGGAGUAUAUAACAGACGAUGAUACUGCAGCUGCUAUCAAAAGAAAACUUUAUUUCGCCAAAC